CUUACUCUGAUUAUUGGUUGAAUGAAGUGCAGUAAAAGUUUGGUGACAGGGUUUUGGCUAUAAGAGUACAAUGUUGUUAUGGGCAACCUUUCUCUUUUCCAAAGGUAAUCAAAUCCUAAGGGCUGUGCGUUGCCAAUGGUCAAACAUGAAAGCCAGCAAAACGAGGUCAAAUAGCAUUUUGUCACAGUGACUGGAAACGAAGCUAGUUACUUGUGGUUGCCAACCUUCCAUCACACCUCAAUAGACUGAAAAUCAUAUUGUUUCAUUAUGAUUAAAUUGUUUAAGUUCUUGAAGAUGUCAAUGAUAUAUUUGGUAUGUAAAGUCUAUUUUAACCCUCUUUUGAAGUACAAAUGGCUGAGCAAAAAAUAAUUCUUGUGACUGGUGGCACUGGCCUUGUUGGAAAAGCUCUGGAAGAAAUUGUAGCAACAGAAGAGAAAAGAUCAGAUGAAACUUGGAUUUUUCUGUCUUCUAAAGAUGGCGACCUUUGGUGAGAUUUAAACUCCAUGUAUCUGAAAAACUAGCUGUGAAAUAGUUUUAAAUUUAUAUGAAUUGUGUUUUCUAUUUUUAACUAAGAAUGAAGAUUUUGGGCCCUUUCAUUUUCUGCUAAAUGAUUCAGUGUAUAGAAUGUAUGUCUACUAUCAUUGAAAAGAAUAUCAACUUUAUUUCCUAGGAAUGAAAAAGAAUGUUGUCUGAAAUUUUGAGAACUUUGUACAUAUUUCUUAUUUGUCUUUAAGGGAAGAUACUUAAGAAAUGAUGGAGAGCAUGAACAUUCUCUUCAUAGACUUUUAUAUAACAGCAUUGGUUUUGUAACACUGUAAUCGGCAGUCAGCUUUAAAGGAAUAUUUGUGAUGAGCUCAAAGUUUAUAGAUUAAAAAUUUUCUAUUCCUUAGUGAUGCUGCAGCAACCAAAGCAAUAUUUGACAAGUACAAGCCAACUCAUGUUAUUCACUUAGCAGCUCUGGUGGGUGGACUUUUCAAGAACCUCAAGUACAAUCUGGAUUUCUGGGUAUGCCCAUCAUGAUAUUUUUUCCUUUGAGUUAAUAUAUCAUAAACAUUUUCAUUUUCCCACUUUUUAAAGUCUGUGAUGAAAAUAAAAUAAACCUGCUUUCUUUCCUUCUUUCUUUCUUUUUUUUUUUCACAUCAGGCCAUUGCUUCAAUAGUACUAUCCAAAUUAAACUUUUAUCAACAAGUAACAAAUUAAUCUUGGAAGGUUUUCUGUGGUUGAAGUCAUUGCAGAAAAAGAGGUCUGGAAAAAUCCAGGCUUUAAUUUUAUCAUUUUGUAAUAGCUAUGAAUUAUCAACAGGAGUAAACAAUAAAGUAAUCUCAGUUAGGUUAGCAACCAGAUGAAUGAACUAGAAUUAUGUGUAAGUGUAAUUUCUGGCAUUUAAAUGCAAGGUGUACCUACAGGUGUACAUAUGUUGUUACAAUCUCAAGUUCAUUUUUCUUUCCUUAGCGGAUGAAUACACUUAUUAAUGACAACGUUCUCUACAGCUGUCAUCUAAGUAAGGUGGGUGUCAUGUCAGGUGACUUUCAUCUUAAAGCUGAUCAUGUAGAUAUCCAUCCUAUUGUAUUGAGUUAAGUCUUUAACUCCCAAAAGGGAUUAACUGGAAGUUCUGCCUAUAUUAUCAAUAAAUUAUUUAGCAAACAGGUCAUGAGAAUACUCAAACUUAUCAGCUAGAAGUUGUUAUCUUGAUCUAACACCAAAUUCUUGCAACUAAUUCACAAGGAAAUAUGUAGCAACCAGUGGGGAGAAUGAACAAUCAGAUCUUGGGAGUUUAAAUUGUUAAAGAAAUAUGAUAAUGGACUGUUAAAUGCUUUGUGUUUUGAUAUCAUUUCCAAUCCUUUUGUUCAUAAGGCAAGUAAACUGAUUUUGUCCUUGGCUAAACUGUAGGUGAAGAAGUGCAUAUCUUGUCUAUCUACAUGCAUUUUCCCAGACAAGACAACAUAUCCCAUUGAUGAAACAAUGGUUCACAAUGGCCCACCUCACUCUUCUAACUUUGGUUAUGCAUACUCCAAGCGUAUGAUUGAUGUGCAAAACAGGUAUAUUGAAAAUUUACUCUUUUAUUGCAAAUGCUUUUGUUUUCUUUGUCCACUCAUGGGAGGGUUUUACAAUAGUUUUGAAUAGCAGAAGAUUAGGGGUCAAUAUAUGUGGGUGCGAUUUUAAGGCUAUGCUGUAGGAGAACUGGCACAGGGUUACAGGUAUUCUUUGCAAACUCUUCCCCAAAGUACAUUUACCUUUAGCUAGUUUCACUUAUGUCAGAUUGGAGGCUGUCUAUCCCUUGCUCUUGUGAUUAUAAUUAUCAAGUGCUACUGGUUUUUUAUCAUUUGUCUGUAAAGCCCCACCCAACAGCCAUCACCUAUCACCUUCCCUCCCUUAACCCUGUGCUUCACUCUCCUCCUCCCUUCUGCACCCCUAUUGAGGAUCCAUUACCAUAAUUUAGCACUAGUGAUAAAUAAUGGGAAUUGAUAUGAGUGGAGUGCAAUUUCGGUCUGAAAUCCUUUUUGUGAUUUUAAAUGAAAGUCUUGAGCAUUUAAUUUCAAAAUCACAGAGUAUAGUUACCACUUUUUAACAUCCAUUUUGAAAGCACAAAUGUCAGUUGCUCAAGUACAUAAUUUUUUAGUCUGUAUAAAUAUUUUAUUGAUCCAGUACUGAGCUGGUUUGUAAAACAUUGCAAAAGUUGUCUUUCACUUUCCUGCAAUUUGAUUGGUUACUUUAAACAAGCCUUGAAAUCAGAUGAUUCCUGUGAUUUAGUAAAGCUUUCCCUUUGGCUGGGAGAAAGAUGUGAUUAAGAGCAAAAAAUGGUGCAAUUUCUGAAUCAGUUGUACUGAUGAGAGCCAAGUCACCAGUCAUUUCGAAAUGGACAUAAUAAAAUAAAAUAUAAGGCAUCAUUUGAAUUGGCUUAACUUGUAAAACAAUGACUGUUGUUGUGAACAAUUUUACCUUCCAGUUUAUUUUUCAUAGUUCUCAAAGGUGAAACAGAAUACCAAAAUGUGACUUGAUAAAUGUGUUAUUUUUCUGUAGAGCAUAUCAACAGCAGUAUCCAGAUGGAUGCUCUUUCACUUCCGUUGUUCCAACCAAUGUGUAUGGAAAGUAUGAUAAUUUUAAUCUAGAGGACUCUCAUGUUCUACCUGGACUUAUUCACAAAGUUUACUUGGCACGAAGUAAGUUGAAAUGCCAAAUUUUCAUAAGGGCUACUUUUAUGUUAAAAUACAAAAUUAACAAUUUAUAUUUCACAGGCUCUAUCUUUACUAUCACUGCAUUCUUCACAAUCCUUUAUCUCAGGAGAAAUUCAGUCUCUUUGUUUUCAAUGUAAAAGAGCAAGUCCUUUGAAACACUCUUCCUAAAAUGUUCUUAGUAGUAUUGCAAAGUAAAAUCAAUUGUAACUGAGAUAAAUGUUAAGUUUCAAACAGUUCUUGAUUUGAUUCUGUGCCUGAGUGGUUUUUACAUUAAGUUUGCUCCUCCUUCAUUGUGUCAGGAUUUCUGUUGUACAAGAUACAAGAAAAAUAGUGAAAAGAGCUCGAGAUAUCAUAUUUUUCAGUGAGAGUAAAAUUGCCAUUUUUCUGUUUUCUUCACUGUGGUGGUGUAGAGGAAGGCAAACCCCUUGUAGUUUGGGGAACUGGUUCACCACGGAGACAGUUUAUUUAUUCCAAGGUGAGUGAAAAAUUUUGUCAACCCUUACUUAACACUUUUUGACUAAAUAUUAUAUUGAUAGAGGCUUUGAUCAGAAGAUUUGACCUGAUGUAACUCUUUCUUAACUUUUCUAGGAUUUGGCUAGGUUAAUGAUCUGGGUGAUGAGGGAAUAUACUGAAGUUGAUCCAAUUAUAUUGUCAGGUUAGCAUCAUUUUAUUUGUGUUUAAUGCAACAAUCAAGCCAGUUUCUUGAACUUCAUUCAGUAAUAAAAAAAUACACGGUAGUUUAAAUGAAUGAAAAGCCAAUUUGUCAUGGGAUAUGUCAUGGGUAUUUCAUUUGUGGCCCGGAUAGAACAGCAUCAAGGAAGUGUGAUAGGUAUGAUAGAUAGUGCUAGUUUCAUUGCUUUUAAUUUUUUUUAGUUGUCUUAAACUUAUUGUGUUUGCUGAUUGAUGGUGUUUAGUGGGAGAAGAGGAUGAACUGUCAAUAAAGGAGGCUGCAGAGCUGGUUGUAGAAGGAAUGGGUUUUGAAGGAAAAGUUGAAGUAUCCUUUGCUAAAAUUCUAGUCAUAACUUCAUGCAUAUUACCAUCAGUUACCUACUAGCUCACUCUCAAUUCCUGUCUGUAGAUAGUUGACAGUGGUAACUCUUUGCCUCUUAUACACUAUCAAGAGUGACAGGGAGAUGGCCUUUUCCUUUUUGUGUUUUUAAAAAUGAUAUUUCCUAGAAAAUAUUGAUGCCUUAAGGUGGUUUUAUGCAGUGUUUUGGUGGAAAGGAAUUGUAUCAGUUGGAUCAAAGAAAAAUCACAGGUUCAAGGAAUAAAUUAUUCUUAACUCUUGUCAAGUAUGACACUAGCAAAUCAGAUGGCCAGUUUAAGAAGACUGCAAGCAAUGCAAAACUGCGGAAAUACUUGCCAGACUUCAAGUUUACUGAUCCAAGGAUAGGUAAAAAGAUGUAAUAACUUAAAUAGUAAACUGUAAAUUUAACUUGUUGCUUUUGAUGAAUAUUUCAUUACAUAAUGGUCUUUGUAGGGAUUUUAACCCUUUAACUCUCAAUAGUGAUUAACAUAGAACUUCUCCCCAACAUAUCUGUGCAAUAUCCAGCAAACAGGUAGUGAGAGUACUCAAACUUAUCAGGAAGAUGAUGUUUCCUGAUCUAAUGCCAAAUUCUUGUAACUGAUUUAAAAGGAAAUGUGUAUCAGCUAGAGGGGAGAAUUAGGAGUCAGAUCUUGGGAGUUUGAGGGUUAAGUGGUACACGUUUAUCUCUUAUUUUCCUCAAGGAAAUUUCCACAUGAUUGAAAAGCCACUUCAAUAAAGUAACUUUUAGGUUCAAGUACCGCAGAAUUUUGUUGCCAAACUGUUUCCUUCUUUUAUUCUAUAUGUUAUGUUUACAAGAAAUCAAAAAAAUCAUUGAACAAAGGAACAUUAAGUGCUCCCUUUUAAUCACCGUUCUCCUUUUUGUCUUAGAACUGAAUAAAAAUAAGUACCUGGGCGCUUAAUCUAACAUUUAUGGCAUAUGCUGAUCAUGCUUUUUUUUAAGCUUCCUUCUUUUUAUUUGCUUCUCUUGUUUGGUAUUUUUGACGUUAAAGCAUAUUCAUUUUUUCACUAUUUUGUAGCCAUCAAAGACACCUGCGACUGGUUCUUGGCAAAUUAUGAGACAUGUCGAAAGUAAACUACUUACACCUGAAGAUAUCUAGGUUGCUCACCGUAUAAUCUCACGGCAACGUACAAAUAAAUGGAAAUUAGUAGAAAAACCAGGGAAGAUACUGAAUGUUGUGUUGAACGUCAUAUUUAAUACUCCACGCGGGAUAUACUUUUUGUGCAAGCUUUAUGGAGUAAAUAAACUAGUCUGUUACUUGAUAUUUGGUCAAAAAUUACAUUCGGUUCUCAACGGAGUGACUGUAAUGCUAAAACUGUAAUAAAGUGACACUUUGCUAGUCUCUGAACAGAGCGUUAGCCCGUUUAUCCCUACCCCAACCCCUCUCCGCCUUACACACAACCCCACCCUGUCCAUUGCUCUAUGACUGCUCUUUUGUAUGUGGUUUAUUGAAUGAAAAACGUGACGUUAUCUUCGGAAAGAAACAUGGGAACCUUGUCUGCCUGUAGCCAAUUCUUCGCCCAACUGAAAGCGUGGUGAAGGAGUUUAUUCUGGACAAGUCUCGCGGCCGAUGGUCAUAACCGUUACAUAUCCUCUCUAAUAGUUUGUGAAGAUUUUUUCUGCGCCGAGUUCUUAUCACUUCGUUUUAAACAGCCUAAUUAUCGUAAAUUAUGACGCGCAUACGUUCACAGACCCAAGGGACUUAGAUAAAACCUAAAGAUCCAAACCAUUGUUACGGAAAGUUGAGUUUGUUACCUGAUGAUUACUGUGCUGGUCUGAUACAAAUAAAAUUCUUAAGUUGAAACUGAGAUUCCUUCUAUCGUGUUUCUUGGGUUAUACUAUAAUAAUCCUUACGAAUGCUAGGGUUAUUAUAGUAUGUGGUAGGAGACAUUAAAUUGUUUUUGAAGAUGCUGUGUAAUUCCAGUUCUAUGAAGUGUUCUUUAAAAACUUGUUGAAGAAAAUAGUUUUCCUUACACCCAGCCACGUUUGACUUUAAGUGUGAAUAGAUGUGGUAAACCGAAUUUUUGACAUAAAUAAGAGAUGUCAUGCACGAAAAAGUCUUUUGGGGGCACGGUUUGCCAAACUAUGAUUUCAAUAUCAUACUAUUUUCCUUACUACGUUGUUGUGGUUGUUUAACUCUUUGCCUGAAAUCAUGAAGCCAAAUCGGUCAGAAAUCGGGGCGUAAACGUGCCAUGAUGAACCAUGACUGAAGGAAAAAAAAAAAAAAAACUACAAAAAUAUUUUUAACCAGUGAAAGUUUGGGUUUGAAGUGUGAAUAAGUACGAUAUUUUGAAUAUUUCCCUCUAUUGUGUAAUGGCUUAGAGGGAAAAUAAUGGCCUAAUUUAUGCAUUCUGUGAUAGAUACCGCGAAAUUUCCCUGGUCGAAAGAUUGCUACCACCCACAUUUCCAACAAAAUAUCUUAAAAUCAACAGCUUUUCUAAAAAAUACAAACAAAAGGCUAAUUCCUUGCUCUUCAUCCUUAGUAUGGCAUGGCUGAGGCUUUUGAAAAUGAUUUCUACACGCUUUCCUGCAGGGAAAAAUUUUUUUCAUUUUCUUUCUAGUCACUUACAAUUUUACUAUCGAAACGUGUGGUGUUCCUGGAAUCUUACCUCUCGAGCAACAAUUGUUUGUUUUUGUUAAAGCACUUGGUUUGUCAUUGUUUCUGGUUACAGUGGCCAAACUGUAAUGUCAUCUUUGAACUGUGACUUCAUAAACAAUAAAUUCAAUAUUUGUGGGAAUCGUUCUAUUGAUAAGAGUCGAGAAUCGUGAACGCGGACACAUUGUCCGUCCAUCCCGGCAUGAGGAUUCACCUUCUGCUCCUGUAAGUGUUGACAAUUUGAGAUUUCUAGCGUUCUUUAAUAUGUCUUUGUGCAGAAUUCCUUCUAACAAUUUUUCAGUAAUGAUUUUGCUCCGGUAGCAAUGAUUAUCUUUGGCUUGUGCUCUGGUUUUUAAAGCCAAAAAAUCUUUCGAAGUAUGUAUAUUGAAGUAGCUGUAUUUGAAACUUCUUCACACUGCCCAAAAUUGAAACAUUCCUUAAGAAGCCUCAAUUUCAUUUUCACUUCCUUCAAAGACUCGCGCAAAAAUCUGUGGAAAUUGGCUAAACAAUCCUAUCAGGUGAGGGGAGCAACACAAGAUGUCAAGUUAGCAAAUGAGACCGAAAGAAAUUGACAUCACUGACUUGGAGAGAUAGAACCUGCUUGGAACCACCUUUUUUUUUUUCAUUCUAGAGAGUUGUUUUUUCUCUAUAAAUUAAACGGUUUCUCUGGCCGAAUGAAUAUUUCAAACAGCCAUUUAUUUGUGAUUUUUUAACAAGGUUCAUUUAGGCUACAACAAAAAACUGACCAUCUUAAAUAAGAUUUACAUCCAAGCUCAAGGAAGAACGUCUUAAGAGUAUGGCUAGUUAAGCACUAAACAUGCUUGUUCGCAAACUUGGUCUAGGACAUACCAUUUUUUCCGUGCGACAAUGUUUUUAGGGCUAAUUAAAUGUUUCUGUUACUUUCAGUAAACCUUUUGACAUAUUUUUGCCCGUCUAUAAGCAACAGACGAAAUUCUUUUACCAUCCAGUUUUCCAUUUAUUAAGAAAUGUAGUUCACAGCGGACAGGAACGUGACAACUAAAAGAGUGCUAUGAUCCCUUUACUACGAAAUGAUAUCGGUAGGUCAAAAAAAUUUAGUUGUGAUUAGGAAGGGUUUUGUAAACAUCUAGUAAACAAAGAAACGGUGAAGUUUGCGUGGUCUAGUUUUUGAAAAGAAGAGUACCUCACAAAUGAAAUUUUAUUUUUAAAAAUCUGAUUUCGAGUGAUUCAACACUGUUGUUUGCAAUGAUCGUUGAUCGUAUGAGUGUGAACAUCAUGAUUUAGGUUUGUUACAUCAUUUUUCUCUGAAACAAGAUACCUAAUUUAGUUCUGUUAUUGAUCAUCGAUAAAGCCACGACCAGUAAAGAGCGUAUUAAGGGAAAAAAAAACAUCGCCGCCUGAAUUCUGGAGUGUUCUGCGCAUGCGAAUAUUUCGAGACACAUGCAAUAACAUGAUUGUGACGGAUGAAUGAUACACACCUAGUUGGCUUCAUUUGCUUGGCAUGCAGGUAAUUAUUACACGCGCGAGAGAAGAAAGUAAAACAAUUUCAUCUAUUACGAAUUCAAUGUUACAUCAUCGGAUAAGUCAGACCAAGCUAGCAAUCCUAGCUUACAAAACAUCUGCAAUAAAGGAAUAUGUCGUCGGUCUGAUCAAGUGAAGCUGGAAAAUCUCGGAAAAGGUUGAAAAUUAAAUGUUGAUAGUUAAUACCACCAUGAAAUGUAAACACCAAUUGGUAAAAAUUGAUAAAAAAAAUAUUAAACAACCAGCUGGUGAUUUAAAGCUUCAUGCGAAGUUCUCUUGAAACAGGUUCUCAUUGCGCGCAUGUGUCUAUUGCACACAAUUGAGUGAGGGAUAAAAUUCACUUGAAUCCAGUGACUAUAGUUGUGAUCGACAAUUUCAAAUUUCGGACGUAUGUUAAGUAUUCUCAAGGAUGGCAGUCAUUAUGGCAAAGGGCUAAUACUCGAAACGUCAACUUUGUCUCACUGACUCAGUGACUGACUAACUAAGUAUGUCUCACUCACCUAGUGUUAAAGUUAAAAUUCCAUUGUUUUCACUCUUCAGAUACGGAGUAGUUCUUGUUUCAAAUGAAAUUCAUUCAUCAAAAGUUUACAAUGGAGAUAAUCCUGACUUCAACAGUCAAAAAACAGUCCAUGACCCUCUAUUGAAUGACCUUAUCAACGCAGACGAACCUCAAAAACUACCGGAAAAAAGUAACGGUAAGUUCAUUUUGGAAAAUCACGCCAACCGUCAGCUACACAAAAAACGAAAAAUUCAACUUGAAACUCAAUACUCAAGGCGAAAGAUCUAGGUGGGGAAAAUUUAGGUCUAUAUUUCUGACCGUUCAGAAAUGAAAAGUUUCCUUAGACCGCAAGAUUUGCCUCACUGUUCAGUACAGUGUGUUAAGGGGUGCGUUGGGACCCUUCAAGGAAACUUGAAACUGCCGUUUAAUUCCAGCUCUAUGAAAUGCUCCUUAAGAAUUAGUUGAAGAAAAUAGUUUCUUACGCCUACCCACGUUUGGCUUUAGGUGUGAAUAAAUGUGGUAAUCCGAAUUUUUGACAUAAAUAAGAAAUGUUAUGCACGAGAGAGUUUUUUUGGGGCACGGUUUACCAAAAUGAGAUUUCAAUAUCAUACUUUUUUACUUGCUACUUUGUUGUAUUUGUUGUCUAUAUUCCAGACUGUUCAGAAAUGAAAAGUUUCCAUGGCACGCAAGACGUGCCUCACAUUUCAGUGCAGUGUCUAAGAGGGUGUUAGGACCCUUCAAGGAAACUGGAGAGGAAAAUGAUAGCUUUAUCGAUCAAAUUAAAUAUUUUUCCAUAAUUCCUCUAACGAAUUCCACAUAGUUAAUUUUAACAGGUCUCCUUUCUUGUCGUUUCUUGCUUAAAGCCUUAAAAUUCAGAAUCUAAAAACCAAUCUUGUAUAAAAUAAUUUUGUUCAUCAAACUUAUAAACUGACAUCGAAGACCAAACAAAACUACUUCUAUCUAGGUUCCUUUGAAAGCAGCUCGAUUGACGCCAUAAAGAAUGAUGCAAGUCUCGAUAGAGGUAUUGAAAUUCUUACGUAGUCUCUUUCUCAACUAUCAAAGAUACAGCGAUCAUGCAGUUGGACUCAAUGAGACAUAGCUAUGCUUUUUCACUUCAUUUAAAUUUCAAGUCAAAUUCUCAAAUUUCAUUAAUUCCAUAAUUUAUAUGCAAUAACCAUGUUUGUGUCUUUACCUUAAAGCAUCUAACGAUGGAUUUAAAGUGGGAAACAUACAUAUCACCGGUAAGAAGGUUUCGGUUACUGGUAACCCUUUACUCCCUUACAUCAGUAUGCAUAUUCUCCAUACUGUUCUCUAUACAUUUCCUAAGGUGCCGACAAGGAGAAUUUGUUUAACAAUCAAGAUCUUUCUAGUUGGUGAUUAUUUCAUUUAUUCUCGUGAAUUCAGAGUUGUUAUUGUGAGGAGAAAUUAGAUGUUAAUCACUCUUAGGAGUCAAAGGGUUGAUACAAAGAGGAUACUGAUUAGAAAUGUGUUAGUAUUGUAUGCCGGUGUGGUUAGUUUUUGUAGAAUUGUAACGUUAAAAGCUUUUGGUAAAUUGUAAUAAAAGAUAUAAGAUUCCAAGUGAAUCUGAUGUCUCUUUGUGCAGGUCUUGGGUCAAAGCCUCGACUUAGCAAACUUUGCAUGAGAAAAGGUAUGUUUUUAAAGUUCAAAUUGUUUAUUAGUUUUCAUAUCACCGUCACAAAAUCCAGUACCAAGGAAAAGUCAGCUAAUGCUUGAACUGAUAGUUGAAAAAGUAAGCUGGCAGAUUGUAAACAUAUGUACAAAACCCUCAAACUGUUAGAUUUUAUUUAUAUUAUCAAGGCUGACUAUGCAUGACCAAUGAGGUACUAUUCGGCGAAAUAGAACUACCCGCCAAAAUCAGAUUAAAAACAUUAUUGGAAUAGGCCCAUUUAUAUACGAGGAGGUAAUAGCCUCUCUCAAUUGAUGUUGCCUUGGUGUUGAAUACCGACUGAAGUAUGGUUCUUUUUCUUACAGAUUGGCGACAACGUGUGAAAGACGCGCAUCUAUGUAUCACCCUGCGAGGUCAGUGGAACGACAAUUUAUUGUAAUUAUCGAUCUGCAUUCGCACCGUGGGCAGGAUUUUUUAGUUGUAGAUGAACCUUGCACCAGCAUCUGAGGUCGUGUGCUAUUGGAAACAACCGUUUCAAUCUAAACCAGUUUAGGCUUAAGCGUCUGACGGCUCACGAUGGGAAUAUUUUUCAAUUGUUAUCCAACUGCAUAAAGAAGAGUACAAAUAACGCGCAAAUAGAAAUACAAAUAUCCUGUGAUAUUGUACGGUUAUUUAGACAGUUGGUUAUUUUGUACAGUAAAAAAAUAUAUUUAACUAGACGACUGCGCGCUACGCUUCUAUCCGCUUUUCUUUUUCCACCUUAUGAGAAAUAAACAAAGACUUAGCAGAAAAAUUAUUAGACGUUUUGGUGUGUAGUAUAGCUGAGUAUUUUUAUUCGUUGUUUGUACUAUGACUCGCCCUACGGGCUCGUCAAAAUACGGCACAACUCGUUAAAAUACGCAGCGAUACUACACGCCAAAACGUCUUACAAGAUAUAUUUAGUAAAGGUUUCGGUUGAAACUUGUUAACUCCUGACAAUAUUAAAUUUCAUUCUUCUUCACGUUAACAAAUUGAGGGAGAACGACAUGGCUGCCAAUUUCCGUGUUUGGGCGCUAUCCCCUCUGCUUUCUUCCUGAUUUGCUCGUUUAAAAACUGUCUACUUCUACCAUAUCUGGUAAAUCGAAAGAACACAAGGAUCAUGCUAUUUUAUUCUCAGAAAGUGUCACGAUCGGUAACUGACGCCAGCACGUGCAUUUAGCUAGAAAAAUGACAGCGGUCGCCGCCUAUAAAUUUUCGACUAGCUCCCCGGUUCGAUACCGUUUGGAGAAGAUGAUCACACAAGCAAAUCAAUCAACAGAAAAUGGAAACCCUAAGCAAGCUGAAACGAUUAAUAUUAAGAAAACAAUUAAUUGUUGAUAUUUUCUCGAAAUCAGGGUGGUUUUUAUUAUUAUUACAAAUUGUAACGUUUCCUCUACAAUAAAGUGUUCAAUAGAGACCACGUGACAUCUCCUCGGCCACGCUUUGGUCAAACGAUUGUCAAACUUGAAAUAAAGGGCCACAGAGUCAUUUUUAGUCGUUUAUUAACUCUACUAGAUUUAUGAUACCCGAGGAAGGUCUUACCAGCUUUCGUUGUGCAAUGUGAAGUCCGGCCCCUUGUUUAAGAUUUCUAUCUUAGGAGAGCUUUUUGACCACUAAUUUAUAAAACCAACUACUUUUAAAACAGUUCCUUUUACGCAAAUGUCUCUAUCGACAAUUAAAGGGUGCAGGUUGAUAUUUCGAAUUUUGAACUGUUUAAAAAUUACGUAUAUGUUUAUUCAUAGAAGUAUAAUUUUUUAGACUUCAUAUCAGAAAUCAGAUGGUAUAGUAGUUCCAGACAUUUCUUUCCGUUGGAAUUCAGCGCUAUUUUGCAUGAAUUAACUUCCAACUUGAAACGUCAACGUAUUUAGUGGUGCAACUCAAAAACCUAUCACGCUUAUACGUUGACUUUGAAUUUACAAAGGUUCUCGAAACAGGAAGCAAAAGAAAGAACGACGUUGGCGAAACAGAUUGCGAAGGCGUCGUCGAAGGCGUCGAGAGCGUUAUGCACGCCGAAGCAGGCGCGCUGUGCUACGUUUCAAGUAUCACAGAGUUUGGAGGCCUAUUGUCAAGUGGCGUGGUGGGUACCGCAUGCGCUAUCGACGUCGAUGGAUAAAGUUUGAGUAAGUUAGAAGAUCUGUAAAGUGCCGUCUUGAAAGACUGUUUUAGAGCUGUAUGAUGGCUACAAUGAUCGAGGGUUUUCCCAAAGCUUUAAUAACUAAUGACUUCUGACUCAAUUUCCAAACAGAUAUCGCCGAGGGAGGAACUUUGUAGCAACUCUCAAUGGUAAACAUCGCAAAAUACGUAGAAUCAGACGUCGUUUUAAGAUUCUCGUGGGUCGCAAAAGGUGGUCAUAUAUCAAAAGACGUCGUGGAAGGCUCGGUGUUUACUGGAGAGGGCGAUACAGACCAAUUAAGCUUAAAGGAAUUCGCCUCAGGAUACGUUACGGUAUGAGGUGGAGAGUCGUCCGAGGAAAGCUUCCCAAAGGAAGAAGACAGAGACGAAAAAGGAGACGUGCAAAAAGGCGACGACAAAGGAAGCUUGUGAGGAAGUGGCGUCGCAUGUUCCGACGCCAAAGACGACGGAAAAGACGGCGUAAUGUUUUUCGCUUUAAACUUAACAAAAAGUGGAUUAAUGUUUACCGUCAAGGGAGACAUUUUAGGGGCCGAAUAAGAAGAAAGUGGAAAAAAAUAAGGUAAUUAAACAGGUCUUCGAUGAAAGAUCCUAUAGUUCAAUAAUGAGAAAUUGCCUGCCUGUAAAAUCUGCGCUUUUGCUUUCAAAUGAGUUCUAGAGACUAACAGUGUUUACUUCUUAGUGUUCACUCGAUGCAAAAGUGAAUUCGUAAUUAUAUCGAUAUCACUGAAAUACCAGAUGUUUUCCUGUUUCAAAAACAACAUUUCCUCAUACCGUUUAUAUUUUCACAUGUGAGGGAGACAAUGUCGUCAUGACGACUAGGUUUGGCACCCUUAAAAGCUAAUUUAAUUUAUCAAAAUUACUGGGGGCAUGUAGGCAGUUUCAGUAGCAUUUCCGCUUGCUGAGUUCACGUGUACGAAAUCUUUGCACUGUGAUGUAAUAGCCUGGAUUUUUCCUUUGAUCAUCUAACGAUAUAAGUUUUUCUGUAGGUAUCGCAAUAACAGAAUUGGAAUCAGAGGUAGGAGGGGCUGGCGAUGGCUACCUAGAAAGCCAGUCAAGGUUCGAAUGGACCGACGCUGGCGGUUAUUGCGGUUAAUUCGCGGGAAACCUCGCGUCAGAUUUAGAAAUGGACUAAGACGACUUCGUUUAAAACGCGGUAGGGCUCGAAUCAUGUACAGAGGUGCAUGGAGGCGGCCGAGGACGCGAAGAGUAAUACGAAGAAGGCAGAGACGACGACGAGAGAGGUCAAGAAGGAGGAUGAGAAGGGCGAGACGUAUUCGCCGAAAGAUGUUACCUAGAACUGUCAUGCGCGUUAGGUUCAGGGGACGACAAAGAAGGAUUUAUAGGCGAGGAAAAAGCCUUCGGAUACGUUAUAGAGGUCGAAAAAGACCAGUAAGGUAAAUAACUUUCCAGUUUUCAUAACUCUUCCAUUUAUUUUCAUAUUGUGUGCUAAAAGUUUGUGUGUACUUUCCGGGGCAGCAUUUGACAUCAGCUUUUCUGUAUGACUAUCGCUGGACUCUACCAAACGAGUUCGUAUAUCUUCCAUGGACAAACAUUAACGAAGACGGGUAUUAUAGCGUAAUAACUGCCUGGUGAGCUUGCUCCUCGUGACGUAAAAAAUAGCCAAUAGAAUCGCGCAAAAAUUAAUGGUUGGCUAUAAUGGUUAAAUAUUCACUCCACCUUCGAAGAAUAAACGUAAAGUAAGAAAUAUGUGGCCCACAGAUGAGCACCUCAAGACUUAAAGCUCUCCUUAUUUUCCUGUGUCUUCUCUUCUCAUCAGUUAUAUUAACAAUUCAAAUUUGCUUUUUGCAUCUUAGAUAUAGGAAUCGAACAGGACAGAUCUCUUUCCGGUUUGGAAGACGACGAAUCUACAUUAGAAGUCGACCUCAGUUUAUGAUCAAAAGGCGAUGGCGUCGUGCAAGACGAUACAGAGGCAAGAUGAGUGUUCGUGUUGGACGAAGAUACCGGCGAGUCAAGGUGAAUCGCGGAAGAACCGUUUUUCGAAGACACAGUCGAUGGAGAGGAAUCAGGCGUCCAAAGAUCAGAAGAAGAGCUGUGAUGCGGGUUAGAUGCGGAAGAAAAUUAAGAAAGAUUUACAAGCGAGGAAGAAGACUGGUGAUGAAUCGCAAAGGUCGAUUACGAACAGUGAGGUGAGGUUGAGUGGGUUGCCCGUAGGACUGAUUGGUUCCAAAACCGUGAAAAAACUGAUCUGAAAAAUCAGUUUUUAUGUCAGGGAUUAUUAGCUUCUUUUUCUUCAGAAAGAGGUACAAUUGUUACAAAUGGGAUCGAAUUAACUAGAAAGAGAAAAAGAAGCGGUAAAUGAAUUAAGGAAAUCUAAGGUUUGAAUGGCGCGGAUAUAAUGGCUCAUAUGGAAGUGAACUGAGAAAAUUCGACAGAGAAAAGGUUUGCAACGGCUCCUUUUACGACGUUGUUGUCUUCUUCCUUCCCGUUUCGCAAGGUUAGUGUCAAACUUUAAAUUUAUAUUUUCUUGCCUGUCGCAGAUAUGAAAAUCGAACAGGACGGUUGUCUUAUCGACUCGGAAAACGACGACGUUACAUUAGAAGUCGACCUCAGUUCUUGAUCAGAAGGCGAUGGCGGCGUGCAAGACGAGUCAAAGGCAAUAUGAGAGUUCGUGUUGGACGAAGAUACCGGCGAGUCAAGGUGAAGCGUGGAAUGCCCGUUUAUUUUAGACGAAUCAGGCGCCGAAGAAUAAGACGAGGAGCCGUGAUGCGGGUUAGAUGCGGAGGAAGAUUGAGAAAGAUUUACAAGCGAGGAAGAAAACUGGUGAUGAAACGCAAAGGUCGAUUACGAACAGUGAGGUGAGGAUUCUUUUUAGCGCGACGGUCUAUUUGGCUUUCAAGCCAUGAUAAUAUCUAAUUGAACUAUAAGUGCUUUUUAAAUGUUGUUUCUUGUUUAUUCCAAUGGAAAGAUCAUUUGUUACCCAUGAGAUUGAAUCGUUUGAUAGAAAAAAAAGGUAAAAGGAAUUAAAGAAGAAAAUCUAAGAGUUUUGUAUUGCACUCCAACCAUGGCUCAUGAACAAGUAGAGCAAAGAGGCCAGAAACUAAUUAUUAAAUAUACGCUAAUUAAGCUGCUCUCCUUGUUCUUUUAUACAACAUUUUCUAACCAACUAAAGUCGCUACUUAUCAUUUACAUUACUUUACGUAUGGCAGAUAUAGAAAUCGAACAGGACGGGUGUCUUACCGACUCGGAAAACGACGACGUUACAUCAAAAGUCGACCUCAGUUCUUAAUCAGAAGGCGAUGGCGGCGUGCAAGACGAGUCAGAGGCAGGAUGAGAGUUCGUGUUGGACGAAGAUACCGGCGAGUCAAGGUGAAGCGUGGAAUUGUUGCUUAUGGAGGAAAAAGUAGAUGGAAAGGAAUCAGGCGACCAAGAGUAAAACGAAGAGCCGUAAUGAGGGUUAGAUGCGGAGGAAAAUUGAGAAAGAUUUACAAGCGAGGAAGAAGACUGGUGAUGACUCGCAAAGGUCGAAAACGAAGAGUGAGGUGAGGUUAUUUUUGUAGUGCAGCGGACUAUUGGGUUCUCAAUCCAUUAUCUAGUUGAAAUGAAGCAUUAGGAAAUUUUCAGUGUUGUUUAAUAUCUUUUAUAAUAGAAGGGUCAUUUGUUCUUAAUGGGAUUGCAUCGAUUGUAAGAAACAAAAAAAGCUAAAGGAGAGAAUGAAGAAAAUCUGAUAAUUUUGUUUUGCACUGCAAUCAUGGCUCUUGACCAAGUAGAGCAAAGAGGUUAAAAGUUAAUUUAGAAAUGUACUUUAAGAACGUUCAAGACAGCUUCUUUGCUCUCCUUGUUUUUUUCUGUACAACAUUUUUCUGUCAAGUAAGAUGACUACAUUAAAUUCUCAUGGCUUUCCGUAUGGCAGAUAUGAAAAUCGAACAGGACGGUUGUCUUACUGGCUCGGAAAACGACGACGCUACAUCAGAAGUCGACCUCAGUUCCUGAUCAAAAGGCGAUGGCGGCGUGCAAGACGAGUCAGAGGCAGGAUGAGAGUUCGUGUAGGACGAGGAUACCGGCGAAUCAAGGUGAAGGGCGGGAGACCGCUAUUCCAAGCGCGAAAACCGACUUGGAAACGAUCAUCUUACAAACACAAGAAAAGUCGGACUUUGCGGCGCUACAUGCGAAGAACAAGACAGUUGCGACGUGACCGACGACGACAAAGGCGAGUGGAUAGACGUAUACGACGGAGGAGGAGGCGAAUCAGCCCUUUGAAGAUUCAUUAUCGCGGAAAGACGAGAAAAAUCUAUAAAUGGAAGGGUAAUUUAACAUUCCGUCUAAUGGGUCGCCGAAGAAAAAUCAGGUAAUAUAAAAAAAUAAGGGUUACUAUUUCGUAACUAGUAUUAUUUAAUGUACACGUAGUCAUCUUUCGUAGGUUUCUUUUGCAGGAAAGGCUGGCUGGUCAUAGUUAGAAUAGAGACAAUUCUAACCUUUGGAAGCUGUCGAUUUCUUCAGAAUAGAGCCAGCGGGAAGCCACUCCAAAACAACAUUGGCUUUGCCCAUCACACAUUGCGAAAAUCUCGCCCACCUGAUUUUUCACAAAAAAACUCAAAGACUUCGGCACUUUUGGCCGGCACAAUCAAAUUGUUGUAUUAGUCCAUCGUCGUUGAAUCAACAUAUUACUGAAGCUUAGAGGGCCGAAAAAUUGUUAUUGGUACAUACCAAGUUCGUUUGAGGCUGCAGUGAUUUAGCUCAGGGUAUGUCCAGGACUCGAAACGAGCUUAAAAACAGGUUAUUUGCAAUGGUUCCUUUCCCCUUCGGGGUCGGAGACACCACAUGCUUAUAUGGCCUCACAACAAUAACAAACUGUGAAUUUAAUUUUAAUUUAAUUUAAUUCUCCUUGCUGUGUGACGUGUGGUUUUAACAGAAACCUUCAUGAAACAUCCAACUUUCAGGAUCGCAAAAGAAGUGUAUAUUUCAACUUAAUCGAGAGGACACAAUGUAGUGAUAGAAUAUCAGUUUGGUAACAACAACAACAAAAAAAUGAUACAUGCGUGACUUAUUUUUUGGUAGCACUUUAUCUGAAGAAUUUCUUUCAUAAAAUUAUAUUUGACAGGUACAGCCCAGGAAAGUUCCGUUUCCGUUACAGGAAAGGUUGGCGAGAAAUUCCCAAGAAAAGUUAUCGCCUUUCUGCCCGCGUGAAAAGAAGAUGGAGAAGGGUACAAGGGUCCCGCGUUCGUAUCGGUAGAAAGUACGCGAAGAUCAAAGUUACACCCCGCAGAAUCCUUAUCAAAAAAAGAAGGGGAUGGAAAUCAUUUAAACGGGCAAAGGUUCGAAGACCCAGGAGGCUGCCUUGGAAAGCUAGAGGCAGGCGCAGAGGACCGCGACGUGGUGUAGUACGUUUUCGGUUUAAACGAAUCUGGCGAUCUGUCAGGCCAAAGGGAGGGAUGUUAAGCUUCCGCAUUAGACGCAAACCAUACUUGUUGAAGUAAGUAAACCGUAACAUGUGUUUUAAUUGGUCAACCACGUUUCGUCUUGCUUAUGGUUCGUUUGUGAUGGAGCCGAAGAAGCCUUUUACAGAAGACAGUGGAAUCAACCCAAUCUAAAGCUCCAUUUCCACACUUCUACAUGUUUAAAUUUGCGUCUUACGAUAUGACUGUGUUUGUGGUGCGUUUCUCUUAUACUCUCCUGGCUCUGCUUAGAGGGGCAACCUUAUCCCACGUUUUAGUGUGAAUAUAUUCAAUUGGUUAUUAAUCGAUCACUCUCUUCGUUCGCUUCAGAUUCCGGAGAAAAUCAGUUUUUUAUCGCUCUAAAAGAGCAAGGAAAUGGGUCCGUGUCAGAAAAGUGUCAAAGAACGUUAAGAUUCGUGUGAAAGGAAGUUACAGGCGUGUGAGGCCAGUCGGUAACAGACUUGGCGUCCGUUACCGCGGAACGAGCAGACCAAUUCGAGUCAGUCGUGGAAAACUAAGAUUCCACAACGGUCUUAAAUGGAGACGAACUUCGACUUCUUACGGUCGACAAGCAAGAAAACGGAGAGAACGUAAAGGGUUGCUGAGGCGCUGGGCAAGGUUCAUGCGCCGUAGAAGAAAGCAGCAACGCCGCUAUGGGUUACGUUCUGGAAGACUCCUGUUCAAGUAUGGCAGAAAAUUUAGAAAGGUCCAGAGGAGGAUGGGGCGACUACGAUUCCGUGUUGGUCGUAAAAGAUAUGGCCUUAGGUCAGUCAGUUAUUGGGUUAUAUCGCUUUUUAGUCGAAAGUUACUUGACGUUGCGUUGGUUUUGCCUUCAUUCGCACGAUAAUCUUUCAGUUGCGUUGCCUCAUAAACCAAUCACGAACGUAGCCAAUUGACUCACAUUUAUUUUAAAUGAUGAUACAAAUAGGUUACGCCAGGUGCUUCGCACAUUACGCGCUAUCUAUCAUGGAAUAGAUCCCAGAUAACAUAGCAAAUCAUCUCGGUAGAUUUAUACAAUUCUAAACCACUGUCGAUUUGCUUUUUACGAAAAUAUCGACGUCAAAUAAAACGAUUCUUUUGGUGCGUGACCAUUGCAUGACACGUGACGCAAGCAGCGUUGUCUAAAUAUUCUUAUCGACUAAGGCAAAUUGGCUAAUCUGAGUUUGCGACAUCACUACCAGUUGUGGUUGAGAAUAAAUAUUGAAUUAAAAAUUUGCUUCGAUGGUGAGCAGCAUUUCAUUUCAUUUCUAUAUGAAACCAUUAGGGCACCUAAGAACAGGAGAGCUUGGUCACGUUUUGUACCUAGUCAUUUUGCAAACGUUUGAUUUUGAUAGAGUAUAGAAGCCCAAGGCUAAAGGACAGUGGCGCUUCUCUGUCUCGGUGUUUAUGUUUGUAUCUCUUUUUUGUUUUGCAGAAUUCGCGGAGGGAGAGUGAGUAUACGCCCUGGGAAUAAGCCAUGGCGACCGGUUAAACGUAUCAUUCGCCGCCUAAAGGUGGUUACCCGACGAAAACUACGCUGGAUAUAUCCUAAACGAGGACUACUGAAGGUAAAUAUAAAAGGGAAAGGAAGACCAAUCAGCUUCCGUCGUGGACGUCCAAAGAUCAAAUUAGGCAGGAAGUGGAUAGGCCUCAAUCGGAAGAGGAAAUAUCCCGAAAUGCGACUCAAAUAUAGAGGAAGGUAUAGGAAAGUUCAGAGAAGACGUGGUGGCUGGAACAUAAGAUACCGAGGCAGAUUGAGACGAGUCAUACUGAGAGGAAAACAGUUUGGGAUCCGUGUCAGGGGACGAUGGAGAUAUGUGCCUUCCAGAGAAGGAGCCCUCCAGAUACGUCGCAGAGGAACAUGGCGAUCUGUGCGAAUCUGCUGUGACAAGCCCCACGCUAUGUUUAACGGUCGUCUUCGAAGAUUACGCCUGCGCAACGGGAAGGUGAAGAUACGAGAACGACUGGAUUGGAUAAAAAUACGACGGCGGAAUCGGGGCCCAUUUGGUUUUAAAAUGAGAGGUAUUAAUUAGUUGAAAAAUUGUUAUGCUAGUUUCAUAAAUUCGUGAACUCCUUUUCUCUGGGAUUUAAGAAAUAACUUAUAAGUAACUUCCAACCCGGUUAUAAAACACGUUGUUAUAUACCUAGACUUUCACUCAACAAAACCAGCGCUGUGAUUGGUUGAUUCUUGAUCACGUGCCCCUGAUCAAAAUUCAAUUGUAUCCCGAUCGGGGUACAAUUGCGUAGUUGUUGCCCGCGCGCCGAAUACAACAGCAUGUUUUUGAUAUAUGAUUGUUUAUGGAAAAGUCUAAAUAUAUAGCAAGGCAUUUAAUGUAAGGUCCGAGGGAAACUAACUGUUUCCCUCGGAACCAUACAUUAAGUGUAUAUUAAAGUAACUUCAAAUAAAACAAGCUAUAAGCAACUACCAACCCAACCGGGUCGGAAGUUAUACAUAAAACCCUUCCAGAGCAUCUCUGUUUUGCCUAUAUUCUCUUUCUUUCAUUGGCGGCUGAUAGCAGACAGACCCUGGGAACAAGUGGAGGGAGACUUCAGUGACAAUUGUCUUUCAGUACUUUUUACCUUAACUCGAUCUCUGAAGUAAAAUGCAACUGCGCAAUAGUAUGUCUAUUACAGCUGUUCCGACGAAGCAUGAAUUUUUCAGGCUUCUUUUUCUGCAAAUUCUUUCAUUUUUAUCGCCACCGAGAGUAAUUUCGACAAUAAAAAUGAACGGUAAAACACGACGUUUCGACCAAACUUCGGUCAUUUUCAAGUGAACGGUAAGAAUUUCACGACGAAUAUAUAUAUAUAUGCGUGUAAGUAGCAUAAAAUUUUCGGAAGUAUAAAAGGACAAUAAGAUCAUACAAAAAGAAGAAACAAUUAGAAGCUAAUUAAAAACAAUUAAACAUAAAAAUUAAAACCUAGUCAAAAACCUUUGCACGAAUUGAGACCGAUCGCACAUUAAGAGCAGGUCUCAGUUCUUGAAUAAGAAACAUUUCAUAAAGAAGGCAUGAAGUAGGCAGUCAAAUUAUGAGAGUAAUUUUGUUUUUUUCUUCAUUUCUUCUUUUCGCUCUUUUAAUAUACAGAUAAAAUCGCUGAACAAGGUACAAAGAAGAAAUCUCUAAAUUCAGAAGAGAAUUAUUUCAUAGAUCCUAGCUCAGUAACAAAAACUUCCGUGAAGCCGCAAGUGUACGAGUCACCACCUACAGCUGCUGACCAGCAAGAACCCGCCUUACCAGAAGCCGAGGAAUCAAGCCUAGGGAGGGGCAAUGGUACGAGCGGCAACGAAAUGUUAGUGGAAAAUUAA